UCUAGUUCACUCACACUCACUCACUUGGGCACGUCUCUAGUAGUGUACUUUUCGAUUUCGUUCGUCGUACUCGUACAAAAAUGACACGCAAUAGCAGGAACCAAUAAAAAACGACGCGCAAAUACAUGAGUUCUUGUAAAUUGAGUGGUUAGACAUAUAAACAUUUAAUAAUCAUUCGGCUUUCCGCAUUUCUGAAACUUGCAAGUUUACAAGCAGUGCGAUUUAUAGAGGAAUUUUGAAUGUUUUGAUGUGGUCAGGCAUGAGCACGGCGUGACUUCCAUGCCCUGCGAACCUACGGAAGGGCGUGCGGUGCGGAUUACGUUUACUAUGAAUGAUUUUAUCUCUUUCUAAACUCGAGUGUCUGUGAAUGACCGAGUGUAAUAGCGAGCGUACCAAAUUAUGGAUUGAAUAGUGUUUGUUGUUGAUCUAUUCCGAUUAUUUUGCAAAGAUAAAAUUUGAUCGUCGGCUGUUAUCGUGUUGUGUUGAGUUCGUGGCGCCAUAGGAAGAGUCAUAUGGCGCGUGUGGAAUUACGCGGGACACGACAAAUUCGUUACGCUGGUCGAUUUAUCCUAUGCGCUACUAUUUACGCACUAUACCAAAAGGAUAGUACGUAUUUUUAGUGACGGCGCGUGUCGUGCCGUGCUAGCGUAGGUUCAACAGUUCGGGUGACUUUCAUCAGUGGAGUAAACAACUUCAAGGUUAUCGGUUGGCAUGUGCCAGUGUCGCCUGUGAAGGGAUUGGGAUGCGGGCGCGCUAACAUGUCUGCGGGCACGGCGGGCGGGGGUGGCGGCGGCGCGGGCGCGGGGCUCGUGGUGCGCCAGGGCCACCUCCGCAAACUGAAGAAUAUGAGGAAGAAGUACUUUGUGCUGCGUGCCCAGACGGCCGAUUGUUCGGCCCGCUUGGAGUACUAUGAAUCGGAGAAAAAAUUCAAGUCGGGAGGGGCGCCGCGUCGCACACUGCCGCUCAAGAGUUGCUACAACAUCACUAGGAGGCUGGAUUUAAAACAGAAGCAUGUGAUAGCUCUGUUCACAAGAGAGGAGCAAUUCUGUGUGGUUGCUGAGAAUGAGGUGGAGCUGCAUGCUUGGCUGACAGAUAUCCUGAAGCAGCAUGGCUCUGAUGAUGCGAGCGAGGAACUUUUACAUCCAAUACAACAUGUUUGGCAAGUGAACGUACAGAAGAAAGGUUUGGGAGCUUCAAAGAACAUUCAGGGUCUGUACAAUCUGUGUCUCACAGACAAGACCCUCACUCUGGUGAAGAUCAAGAGCCACAACAACGUUAUCAGUGACCUGGGUAUACCUGAACGCGUGGAGUACUCACUGAAGAACAUUAGACGAUGCGGCGACUCGGAGUGCUUCUUCUACAUGGAGGUUGGACGGCAAACGUCGACGGGCGCCGGCGAGCUGUGGAUGCACUCCUGCGACUCCAAUAUAGCACAGAGCAUGCACUCAACCAUAUAUCUGGCAAUGAAGAACUGUGCAAAAUUGACAGAGAAUGAGAGGGACCACAUCAUCCUACCGACCAGUUCGUCCCUGGACGGGCCCAACCCGCGGCCCCCGCGGCGGCAGACCUACUCCGGCACCAACGACGGGAAUGCCAGGGCCGGACUCGCUAACGAGAAGGGCCUGUGCGUUGGCUCGUGUAUUAGACAGUGCGUGUGCUCAACGGCCACGUACAGCGUUGACGACUCGGCGGCCGCUAUAGCGCCGCUGACGCCCAAGAACGCCGAAAAUCAACCACCGAAUAACUCACUAAUUAGCGAUAAGCCAGAAAACGCUCGGGUCAUAAAGCAUCACCGUACCGUGUCGUUACCGACCGGCUGUACGCUAUUCCAAGAGCCCCUCAAGAUCGUCCAUGAGAGGACCAGGUCCGCUCCGUUGACCGGGGACGAAGUAGACAGGGUCACAACGACUGGUAUAGAGAAGAACGCCACCCACUCGUCGUGCAAAGCGGUCAAUGGGACGGAUGUGUUCCCCAUGAAGUCGCAGUGGGCACGGCGGGCCAGCACUGGCACCAGGAUGUCCAAGAGGUCCCCGGGACAUCCGAAGAACGCCGGCACGCCACGGAACCGCUGCGACAGUAUGCCGUCGCGCGCGUGCCACUCGUUCGAGACUGAGCGGCCGCCGCCCAGGCAUGAUCUCGUUGAAGGGUUGGAGGCGUCGCGCGACGAGACCGACGCCCUGGUGGACUGGUACCGGACGCCGCGGAUACCCGAGGAGCCGGAUUGUUGUGACAUAUCCAAAGACAUUAUCAGUAGCACGGUGGGUCGGAGUACGCUAGUGGGCGCGGGGUUCACGGUGCAGCACUCGCGGACGUCGUCGCUGGGCGUGGACGACGACGCGCGCGCGUCCGGCUACCUGCCCAUGGCGCCGCACGAGCCUACCACCGGACUCAUUUCAGCCUCCAGCGGGUCCGUGUGUAGCGGUACGCCGUCCACGGACCCGAGGUUCAGCGAGUACCAGCUGGAGCCGGCGACGUCGCACAUCGUGUCGGAGGAGCGGCCGCCGCGCGCAUACAGCGUGGGCUCGCGGCCGGCGGGCGGCGGCGGUGCUGGUGGCGGGGGUGGCGGGGGUGGUGCUGGCGGUGCGGGCGGUGCGGGGGGCGGACGCAGCGAGGGCCGGCACCGCGCGUACAGCGUGGGCGCGCGCUGCCGGCCGCCGCCGCCCGCGCCCCGCCAGCACCCCUCGUCCGCGCCGCUGCUGCCGCGCGCCUCCGCCGAGGACCUCAUGGAGCUCGACUUCUCCGCCAACUCGCCCGCCGCCAAGGUUGUGGUCGCGCGCACGCCGCCCUCGGUGAUCGGUUUCAGUGAACUUCGCAACCGCCCCACCGUGGACGAGUACGUGGACAUGUCGCCGCGCAACACUGGAUACGUGGAGAUGCGGCCGGGGGACGCGCCCCGCUCGCCGCCCACUCUGCCCCUCUCGCCCCUCACACCCCCCACGCCCCUCACGCCUCUCACGCCCGCCGCCCUCCUCACCCCGACCGUGACCAUGUCACCCGCCGCGACCCCGGAUGGCUACGUCGAGAUGAACUACACUAGAGCGCCGACGCGACCGAUAACGAUUGCGGCUCGAAUACCUUCAGUUCCGUUAAGUGUGUCGCCGCCCGAGGAAGCCAGGCGGAGGCGAGAGCGUGAUCGAGAACGGGAGCGAGAGAGACAACGCGAGCGAGAGAGACAACGCGAGCGCGAGCCCGGCACGCCGCUCGGCUCGCAGAUGUUGUUUCCGCUCUCCCCCGACUUGCCGAUUGCGAUACCUGAUUUGGAUCCAGCUGAUAUGUUUGAAGAUGCACGAGAGGAGUCGGUGCAGCAGCACCUGUCGACUGUCCGCGAGCUAUCCGAGGAGUGCGGCCGCCGCAGCCCGCCGGCGGGCGCGGGCACGAGCGCGGGCGCGAGCACGAGCACGAGCACGAGCGCGAGCACGAGCGCGGUGUCGCAGUCGCCGCAGUACGUGCGGCUGGCGCGGCCGCCCGACCCCGCCGCCGCGCUGCGUCCGCACCAGCUGCUGCAGCCGCACCAGGAGGCGGGCCCCGCGGCGCCGCUGGUGGUGGCGGGCGCGAGCGGCGCGGCGCCGGCGCGGUUCGUGGUGGAGGCGGCGGCGGCGGCGGCGGCGGCCGGCGCGGCGGCCGGCGCGGCGCCGCCGCUCAACUACGCGGCGCUGGACCUGGAGCCGCGCGUGGCGCCGGCGGCCGCCGCGCCGCGCACCUACACGCAGAUCGACUUCCUGCGCAGCGAGAAGCUGCACGCCGCCGACGGCACGUAGGUACGCUGCGGCCAUCGCCGCCCAGGGACGGCCCGCGGACGGCCCGGGGAGCUCUCUGUGCCGAAUUUGAAAAUCCACCCCUAAAGCGAACCUUCCCGUUCGCCGCGAAGGAGGACUUUGCUGAUUUUAGUUU